UAAAGGUGAAGUUCGGGUGUCAACUACAGCUGCGUUACUGUUGCCGCCGCCGUAUCUGGCAUUUUCCUUGAUAAAAUAAAUGACGUUCGCCGACUCACUGCCGCGAUAACGACGUUCAUUCCAUCACUCAUUUUAUCAAGUAAAUUGACAAAUAGGUACAUCAGCGACCACAACUCCGCCGCAACAGUAACGCUGCAGGUGUAGUUGACAUCCGAACGUCACAUUAAGGUGCGACCAGACCGCAGGUUAAAAAACGGUCACGAUACGGAAUCGCAGUGACGCGUCGUAUGCGUACCGUUUUUGACGCAUGCUCCCCACACCGCUGCUUAAAAAACGGCGACGGUACGGAAUCGCAGUGACGUGCUUCACACGAAUCUUUUUUGUUCGCAAAUCUUUGCGUCUUUUACGUCACCGGUGUGGUGUCUGCCAUAAGAUCUCCGUGUAAUAUUUUUUGCGAUUUUUACGCAGAUCAAUUUACGGUGCGUCAGCGUAUUUAAAGCAGCGGUGUGGGGAGCAUGCGUCAAAAACGGUACGCAUACGACGCGUCACUGCGAUUCCGUAUCGUGACCGUUUUUUAAGCUGCGGUCUGGUCGCACCUUUAAAGAUCAUAAGAACAAUUAAUUCAGCUAACCCCUCAACUCCCUAAAUUUCCCCCUAAAAUAAGAAAUAAGGGGUUUGACUGAUUUACAAUAUGAGUGGCGGUCACCGAGCUGGUAGCCUGGUUUUUGAUCCAGAGGCGCAGCAUACACAUAUUUGCGACUUAUGCGGCAAGAUUUGGCCGUCUCAACCGUUGUUGACACAGCGUUCGUCAGGGAUGCAGUGGCCAUUGAUGAGUUGCUAUAACUGUUCCAAAUUUCAGGUCGGAGACACCUCAAACGGUCCAACAGACUCAAACGGUUUCUAAGAAAACCGCAUUUAACCAAUUUACAAGACCUAAGUCAUUCCAUAAGUGUUCCGUGAACAAAUUAUUGUACGGAACACUGAAAAACAGCAAAUUGAGAUUUGAUCUACAAUAAGAGUAGACGUGAACAAGAACACAGAGCCCAGAAUAUUAGAACACUCUUAUUAAACCGUUCCGGAGAUAGCCCAUUUUAAAAUUGGAUCUUGCUCGAAAAUUCUGUUAAGGGUUGGUACAGUGAAUUUACGGGUUUACAGGAAUUAUAUUUCACAAGUGUUUCAAAGGCCCAAAAGAUUAAAUUCUAUAUUACUUCUAAAUGCUGCCUAAAUUGAAAACCCGGUCGCGUGAAAGACCUCAUUUUUCCGAACGAUAUAGUUAUUACAGCGCCCUUUGAGUUCAAACGAUAACAUAUAUUUAUCUACCUGCUUUCAAAUCGGCUAAUCCGUUUUGGAGGUAAAUUGAAAUAUUAAGUAGUAUGCACACAACCAAGAAAUAAACACACACAUUCUACUCGUUCUAAAUACCCAAAUUUAGCGGGAUAUAAACCGUGAUUAUCUUUUAUAUUGUCUUUAUUGAGCUCCCGAUAUUUCGACGCAGUUACGUGCAUCUUGUUCACGGGUAACUGGAGAUAGCGUGUGGGUGUCAAAGUUGUGUAGUCCGCGCUCGGUCUACCCUCAUUCGUGCGCGUCGGCUACGUUAGCUUUUAACGUUACCACUGGUCGCGUUCACACUUGUUAGUCUAUCUAAACACACCACACUGACAGUGUCACUACGCGUGUUUGAUUCGGAUAUCAAUGGUUUUUUUACACAAACAAAUCACACUAUAGGUAUCACUUUUCUUACAUAGGGGGUUUUUCCAUUCUUAAUUUAUACCUAUAAUAAUUCAAAUAUUUCAACUUAAUAUAUUACAACUAUUAUAUAUAUAUAUUAAUAUAUUACACUUUAUUAUUUCAACUAGUUAAAAAUGUUAGGAGCUACAGCCCCUUAAACAUCCAAUAACAUUAGUGAAACAAGUGCCGAGUAAUCGACACCGAUGUUCCGUUUGAAAUCUAGUGCCGAUUGUAAAAUUAAUAUCAGUACCCCUAGUGUAAAUUUUAUCGACAUCAUAACGUAACGAACGCGUUUGCGUUAAGUCUCAUUUUGUAUAGGAUUUUGAGUUUCCAAAACGUCCCGCUUGGCGCGCUCUUUCUAAAUCCAAUACAAAAUGAGACUAAACGCAAACGCGUACGUCACGUUUCAAAAUCGAAUUUAUUUACACUAGGGGUACUGAACUUGGAAAGUAAAGAGUAGGUACUUAACUUAAUUUUAACUAGGUAUAAUCAUGGAUUAACUAGGUAUGCCGAUGUACUUAAUGCAUCGUAUUUAGUUAUGUUUCUAGGGUUAGCUACUUCUUUUAAAUCUUGCCAUCAUGUACAAAUCUUUGUUUGACUACCAUUUUCUAUUUAUUUAUCUCAGUUGCUUAAAGGUUAGCUGGAAGAAUUCGCCUUUGUGAACAUUUAUUGUUUUCGCAAUUUUUUAUGUACUUUUUUUGUGCAAUAAAGUUUUUUACUACUACUAUAAUAGUAGUAAACCCAACGCUCAUACUAACACUAAUGGCUCGGUGAGCUGUAAACCUCGCGAUAAGUUUAAAAUAUAUAAAUAAAUACUUCGUUAAGCCAUUAUCAGAUCGAACUCACAAUGAUCUUAAGCGCCAUAGACCCUAUUAGGGCUUAAGUCCUUUAUACCAAUUUCUGCCAUUUUGAACAUUUUCCAAAAAGAAAAUAGAAUAAUUAUAUCUAACUAUCAAACCUGCUCACAAACUUCUAGAAUCGGAUGAGAAAUGCGACCUGCAGAGAACAUCCGGAUAUAAGUACCUACGAAAGCAUUUUUGCAGAAGCUCAAACGGAGAUCUUUGCUAACGGUCAGUCAAAAGUAUGGGAUGUGCAUUUGUUUUACUGUGGCAUCCAAACUUCCGGAUGUAUUAUUCAGUACUCAGGAGUAUACCACCUAAAUAUAGAAUUGUAACGAAAUUAAGAGAGGUAUGGGCAUUGUGAAUGUCAUCUGGCUUUGUGUGGUAGGGCACAGCCAGUGGAUGUCAUUCCAGAUCUAGAGCAGAGCCCAACUGGGGAAGUACCUCCACCUUACAGAAAACAGCAGCCAAAUAACACUAGACCCUACUCAUAGUGUUGUGUUCCUGCCGGUGAGUAAGGUUGCUAGAGCUCAUCGAGGGGGGGCGGGUUUAGGGUCGGCAACGCGCAUGUAACUCCUAUGGAGUUGCAGGCGUACAUAGGCUACGGAGACUGCUUACCAUCAGGCGGGCCGUAUGCUUGUUUGCCACCGACGUAGUAUAAAAAAAAAUUAGUUUGAACAAAAAUAGGACUGAAGUUAGUUGCCUAAACGCAUUGUUACAAAAUGAAACGUCAAUAUUUACGAUUUCGAUGUUUACAAAAUCACCUAGCACCAUUUGCCGCCAUUUUACUAUUCGGCUUUUAAACUCGAAACAUCCAUUGUAAUGCGAUUACCACAAAAUUGGAUUAAAAGUCACCAGACCGUUAAACAAAAAGUUACUUGAAUAGAUAUUUUACGUCAUUUUAUCAUCCUUUCAUGAGAAACAAAAUAUGUUAUUAAUAGUGAUUUUUAUUUUAAAAGCAUUGUUUUUUAAUUUUACUGAGAGUUCUUUGAAGACUUUACAAAAUUCGACGACGUACGACCUGGGUGACCACACGAUAGUGUCAAGCAGCAAUGUGUUUCCUUACGUGGCGGCCAUUUUGAAUAAAUCUAAAUACCUGUGUGCGGGAGCAUUGAUAGACGAGACUUGGGUUCUGACGGUUGCGGAUUCAGUGUUCCUAUUCCGUGAUUCUCUAAGACUGAUCCACGUUCGUCUUGGAAGCGUCAACAACAAGAAGGGCGGUAGACUACUGCCGAUUAAGUUAAUCGAAUUUCAUCCCUAUUUCGAUGACCAAAAGCCUGAGUUUGACAUAGCACUCAUCCAGCUGGCUGAGAGAGUGAGACUGACUCCGAAUUUGAACCCUAUCAGACUGCAGAGGAAGCUGAAAGAGGUUAUGGCCACGCAUUUCAUAGUCACUGCUUGGCCAGCGCAGCACGCCAGUUCAGCAGAACUAUAUAAAGUAGCAUCAAUGCAGGACAUACAGCGCAGGCGCACAUUACAAGUGGCGCACCUUCACCCAACGAAGCAGGAGCAGUGCGCAGAGGUUCUUGAGGAGCUCGGCUUUUUGAAGACUAACAUCAUGUGCCUAGACCCAAGGGUGGGGAUCGAUCCGUGCUCGAGAGACGUCGGUGCUCCAGUGGUCCUAAACGGGAUCCUGUGGGGCGUGGUGUCCUCAUGGGUGCCCGAGGACUGCGACCUCCUGCCGGGACCCACCUUCGUGACGCUGGCGUCGGCACCAAACAUCAGCUCCUGGAUACACGCCACGAUGCGCGGCGUUAAGUGGCACAAGUGGACGCUCUUCGACACGGAUUAUGAGGAUUAUGAUGAUGAUGAUUGAGUGGCAGUGAAAUAAGUAAAUUGAUGGAUGGGUGUAAUAAUCGCAUGGUUAACUUUGUGAUGUUUAUUAUUAAAACGUGUUAUUAUAAUUUAA